AUGGCUCCCACCGUCUUCGAAGAAUAUGCCGCGCUGAUGAACCCCAAUGGUCCGGGGUACUAUUUGUUCCGGCCCCAACCAUUUAGCGAGUGUCACCCCGGUGCAAUUGGGUGUUUUGACAAGAAUGGAACCUUCAUCCAAAUCACGGAUCUCUCUGAGCCUGGUCGUCCUGAAAAAGACGGAUACGCUCCCUUUACACUCACCCUGACCAGGGCGCCUUCCGAGACAUCCUCAUGGGAAACGAGAGCUUCAGGCAGUGAAGCUGAACAUAGCUUCGGACUUGAAGGAGGUGUUUCCGGUGCCCUGGCUGGAGGUCCCAUUGACGCCUCGGCCGAGGCGAAGAACAAAUGGGGCAAGACCGGCAAGGCGGCGUUGAUCACAAAGAAUGUGAUUGUAGAGGAGAAGUUCCGGCGUAUGCCUCGAGGUCCGAUUGAGGAUUGGAUCAAGGCGAAUGCCAAAACUCUUGUGAAAGGUCCGUAUAGGAAGGAAAUAGCGGAUUUCGGACUGUGGGCGAUUUCGAAGACUUGGUCUACCGAUGAGUGCAAGAUCACUAUGGAAAGUGCCCAUCACCGGGAUACCAGCGGUGGCUUGAACAUUGGAGCUACUGGUAUUGCAAAGGGGGGUGCCAAUGCAUCGUCAUCGGCGAAGACCAACAGUGAAGGAUGGACGACAUACACAGCAUCGGAGGCUGACCAGUCACUUGUUGUCGCAUACGGUGGAACCGGCUUCAGACUUGCCACUUUUACCAAGUUCUUCCGAGGAGGCCCACUCAAGCAAACCGAGACCAGAACUGCUGCGCAAAACGAGUACGCCAAGAUGGUCCUCGACGACGAGGGCAACCAAAUCGGAGUCGAGUACUACCGAACCGUGUUCGACGAAAAUGGAAACGCCAUUGGAGAAGAGAAGAUCGAUAAAGAGGCUGAGAAGAAGGCUCGCGAGGAAGAGCAGAAGCGACUUGAGGAGGAAGACCCCCAGGGUGAAGAGGAAAUUGCAGUUCAAAGUGCCCUCACUAUCGGAGAAGACGACGAGGAAGAUGAAGAGGAGGAAGAAAAGAAGCAGGAAUUUGCCAAGAAGCUCGAGGCCAUCAAGCAGCUUCCCUAUGGGGAUGAGAAGAGAGCUGAGCUGGCCAAGUUGUUCACUGUGGAACAUGUAACACAGACUAUUCCGAACUGA